AGUUACCCGGUCUCUAUAUCUCGUUCCUCGCCAGUGUAGUGAGAGGAGGAAACGAAGGUGCAUAUUGGCCGGAGUUUCUGCGUGCCUCGUGGUGAUCGGUCGAUGCACGGGUGCUUCGUUCAUUUUCAAAUUACGCACGUUUAAAUCGAGAAUUAUUUCAUUGCGGAAAUCGAGAGAAUCGUGCGGAACUUUUUUUUUUUAACGGAAUAAUACUCGAACAGCUGGGCUGAAUAUCUGACGAGUAUUACGUACGUGUAUAAUAAUGGAUCUCGUUACGUUCCGAUUGAUUUUGCGGUACGGUUUCUACCGUGGACCUGCAGCGAAAUGUCGUCAGCAUCAUUGCGAGUUCAACUAGUGAAGUGGACGGUACCAGCGUUCGCCCUGAUCCUUGGCCUCUUGUGGUACAAACGACGAAGAGCCGACAGAGCUGACCCAGGCGGAGAUCGCGUAUUAAAAGCAGGAUCCGGAAGUUCGAAAACGCCGGAUCACAACCUGAACGACUCCGGUUACCAAUUCGAGGAGUCCUUCACCUCACGGGGCUCAACGGGCGUGGGUUCGAAGCCCGAAGUCGUCGCCGCGUGCAGUCCGCGGCGGGUGAGCGAGAGUUUGGCAAUUCCGCAGCGGAAAUCCGCAGCAACGCCGAGAACUUCCGCGGCGAGCAGCGGUCCGGACGCCUGGUACAAGGACGUUGAAAUGACCAUCGAUGUCGAUCAAUUUUACCCACGGGGUUCGGAACCGCUUUCGGUACGCGAGUCGCUACCAAGACACCUGCAACAACAGCAGCAGCUGCAGGAACAGGAAGAGAAGCUGUCGUAUACCGCCAUAAAACCAAAGCGGUCCAAGUCGCCCUAUGAAACCGCUAAGAAAACUGUCAGGAAUCAACUGUCCAAGAUGCUAGAUCGAUCCGAAGAGAACGAGGUGAAAACCGAGAAUGUCAUAGACGAGAUUAAGAUGCAAGAGAAGGCGGCUUCCGAAAGGGAUUCGGCUAAUCAUAGUCCAGUUUCUGGUGUUCUCGACGGCAGCGUCAGCGACGAGGCUAGAAGCGAGGGCAGCAGCGACAGUGGAAAAGGAGGAAGUAUAAACGGAAACAGCCCUGCAGUGUACGAGUUUGUCCUGCCGCAGAGUUUGAUAGGCCGUCUGAUAGGCCGUCACGGGGUAUUUUUGCAGAGUAUAAAAGCAAAGGCGCAGGUCAACAUGCUGAUAAAGCGUCAUCCCGAAACCAACAAGUGUAAGGUAUGCGCGAUCGAGGGAUCCCAGAAGGGUAUCCGCACGGCGUUGGAUAUGAUAAGGCAGAAAUUCCCUGAGAACAAAUAUCCCAGCGUGACGCUGGAGCAAGUGUCGUUCCUUAAAAAAUCAGAGGAAAUGCAGUGGGUGCCGGAAGUAAUGCAGCUCAAGCUGGUCGAGGGUCUGAACAACGAUGUGACAGUUAUUCGCGUCGUGGAACCCAAUCACCUCUUCCUCCACCAGCCGACUCAUCCCUCUUAUCCUUCCCUACGCAUUUUAGAUCAGAAUAUGACACAGCUUUACAACACAGUCGCAGACGCUCCACCAGUUCCCGAUCAACUCGACAAGGGUAUGAUAUUCGUCGGUAAGUGGUGCAACAAGUGGGUUAGAGUUUAUAUCCACAAACCGGACCCGGACGGAGAAAAGAACAUAGUACGCCUUAUAGACCACGGUGGAUUUUGGGUGUUGAAAAAUUCUGAGAUGAGGAAAAUCAGGUACGACUACCUCACCCUACCCUUCCAGGCCAUCGAAGUGUACUUGGCCAACAUCCAACCCAAAAAUGGUACGUGGGUUCCAGAAGCGUACGACCUAGUUCAACAAAUAACUCAAGGCGUCGUGGUCCAGGCACAAAUACAAAGCUACGUGGAUCGCGACACGCACAUAAACCUCUAUCUAAACAUACAAAAACAUGGGGUAAUAUCUCUGGCUGACGAAUUGGUGGCGCGUGGAUACGCGGAUCGAGUUCAGCUAGAGGAAGCAUAUUGAAGAAACAUAGGCACGAGAAUGAAGUAUAUUACCUCCACGAAAGAAAUAACGCCAACAACUGAACAUCGUCGUGUGGAGCGAUAAUACAAGUGUAUGUGAUAGUGGAAGAUGGUUUAAAUGAGUGCACGGACGCUGUCUGCGAGGACCAAACUUCCGUUGUUGUGUAUGUUCCGUUUUCUCUCUGUCUGUUGUUUUUUUUUUUUUCACCCCCUCCCCCCUCCAUUUUGUUUUAUAGUACGUAUUACAUUAUAUAACUGUUUGAAAGUCCUGCGUCAAUGAUGAAUGUUUGUCUGUCUGUUGAAUCGCGCGUUAUACGUUGAGCGAAAUUAAUGUCGGUUUCUAAAUAAUUUACAUCUGCGUGUGCCAAUCGAGUCGCUUUUUUCUUUUGAUAUUUUCGUACCCUGAUAACGCGUAAACGGAAUCUUAUCACACCUCCUGCUCUCCGUACUGCAGGUAAUUAUCAACGAUUUAACGUAAAAUGAUUGAUAUCAAUAUUCUUCUUGGUACAGAGAAAACGAGAAAUGGAUAUAAUAUGUAUAGAUUUUCUUUUAUCUCUUCAGUGCAUGAUUUAUCCUGUAUUAUACACUGUAUUUUUUAGCGGUGUCAACAUUCUCUCGAAAAUAAUUGAUCAAUUAUUGUACACAUUUGUGUUUCUCACGUUCGUUCACAGUUUUCGUCAUAAUUCGCGAUUCCUGAUACGGUUACAGAUUAUCAUCAUUAUUACUAUCAUCAUGUAUUCAAGUCACAAUCUUACCACUCUAUUUUCAUAACUGCACAACACGAGUUAGAUAGUAUUUAUUGUUAUCUUGUCUUUGCUUAUUGUAUAGAUUCGAAAGAGUACAAAAUACGGAUUAAACGUGACGAAAAUUUUGAACGAUGUUGAGAUUAUUUUUAAACAUUUCGAAUCGUGAGACUUGCCGGAAGAAGAUUGGGGGUGGUAAUAGGAUGAAAAAGCAAAAAGUGAAUUCAGUAAAAAAUUUAAAUUAAAAUUAAUUUUAGCAUGCUAAAUCGAUGGAAAAAGUUUGAUACAUUUUCUGCUAGAAGUCUACCAUGAGUUGUGAAAUACAUUUUUCAGCAAUAACAUAUUUGGACAAUGUUAUUUUUUGUUUAUUGGUAUUUUUUUUUUUUCGUUCUUUCUUUUUAUUGUUUCUCUUUGCGUAACUCGAGAUUGCUUUGGACCGAUUAUAAAAUUCUUUCCCUUUCUUUGUACAUACUGUAUAAGAUCUCUCUGAUAUAAAUUUACCUAUUUAUGAUGAUGUACCUAAUGUUUAAUUAUAACAUUUGAUGAUUAAUAUUGAUAAUGCUCUAGCUGUAGCGCUCUGUAGACUUUAGAUAUAUCGUUAAAACGUCGAUGACAAAGAUAGGCGAGUUGAUAAAUAUAGUAUAAUGGGAAAAAAUAUAUAAAAACAGCAACAAUCGUAACACUGUAAUAACGUGUUUCGUACAGAAGCAAAAUUUGAAAGGUAGAAAAGAAAAUUAAAUUCGCGAUAAAAAAAAAAAAAGAAGAAAGAAAAAGAUGUUUCGGUAAAAGAGGCUAGAGUGACUCUGGAAAAUCGCGCUAACUUCUUGUGCAUUGCAACAAUAUAUUUUUCGGUUAAUUUAGCGGUUGAAAUAAUAUACAGUUGAACGGAAACAAACAUUAAACUUAUAUAUAACAUACAUAAAAAUAAUAAUAAUUAAUACGGUAUAAGAAUUGAUUUUUUUUUUUUUUUUUUUUUUUGAGAAAACAUGAACCACUGCAAACGAACAAAAAAAAGUUUUAUAAAAGAAAAAUCAAGCGAAAUUAUUUCAAGAGACCAUACAGAGCUGGGGAGUAAUCUUUCGUCUCAUGCCAGUCAGACAAAGAGCGAUU